AUGCCUUCCACAUCAAAGCUACUCCGAGGAGGCACUGUCCUCACCCACGAUGCUGAUGACCAUGUGCAUCCCAUCAAGGCCGACAUUUUGAUCCAAGGAAACAUCAUCAGCAAGAUUGAGAAAGGCAUAAUCCCCCCCGAGGGUGCUGAAGUCAUCGACUGUACUGACAAGAUCCUCUCUCCCGGCUUCGUUGAUACUCACCACCAUCUCUGGCAAACGCUGCUCAAAGGACGCCAUGCUAACCAUCUACUUCUCGACUAUAUGCCAACCGGAAACUUUACUUCCUCCCUCCAUAGCCCGGCGGAUAUCUUCUGGGGCCAGCUUGGCGGUGCCAUGGAGUGUCUUGAUGUAGGCACCACGACCGUCGUAGACUUCGCCCAUAUCAACUACUCUCCUGAGCACACCAUCGCCGCCACGAUCGCAUCCGGCAUCAGAUCCGUCUUCUGCUACUGCCCAACGCCGCGGAUCGACUCCUGGAACCCGCUCGUCAUGAACCACGACCUGCUCGCGGGCUGGGUGAUGAGCAGCCUCGAGCGCCUCGCCGCCGCGUCUCCCUUUGGGGACGGACGGAUUGAGCUCGGGUUCGCCUUCGACGGCUUCUUCCUCCCGAAAGAAACGGUCAUCUCCCUCUUCCAGAAGGUGAAGGCGCUGGGCAUAAGAGUCAUCACUACGCAUGUCGUGCGCGGCGUAGUCUUCGGACAGGAUUCCAUCCCCGAGUUACUGAAGAGCUACGGGCUCCUCGAUUCCUCCAUCCUAUUCGCGCACUUCUCGAACCCGUCCCCUAACUGCGCAAAGCUGCUCCUCGAGUCCAACAGCCACGCCUCCUGCACGCCGUCGACCGAACUCCAAAUGGCCAUGGGGUAUCCCGUCGCCUUCGACCCCGCGCUUCGCAUCCAGCGCAACUGCUCUCUCGGCGCCGACUGCCACUCCAACAACAGCGCCUCGCUCGUAUCGGAGAUGCGUCUGCUCCUGCAGAACGCGCGCGCCGUCUUCAACCAACCGUUCGUGGACGCGGGGAAUGUCCCGCGGAAGGUGAACCGCACGGCCGAGGAAGCCUUCAACCUCGGGACCAUAAACGGAGCGCGCGCUAUCGGCAUGCAUGAUAAGAUCGGGAGCCUCGCAGUGGGGAAGUACGCUGAUAUCCUAGUCUUUGACGCGCUGAGCUCGAGCAUGGUCUGUGCAGCGCAGCAUGACCCGGUCGCGGCUCUGGUGCUGCAUAGUAGCCCUGCGGAUCUGGAGAUGGUGAUGGUGGGCGGGGAGGUGAGGAAGCGGGAUUGGAUGUUGGAGGCUGUAGAUGUGGGGAAGGGGGAGUGGGCGGGGAGGGAGGGGAUGGUGGGAUGGAGAGAGGUGGCAAGGGAGUUGGUGGGGAGGAGGGAGGAGUUGGAGAGGAAGGUUUCUGGAUUGGAUUUUGGAGAGGCGGAACGCGCGGCCAUUAGGGAGUUUGGGGUCGAGGUGGGGAGGAUUGUGGAGGGUGUGGUUGGUAGUUCGUAG